UCGCCUCAUCCUUGCUUCUCUGCAGAGCGGACGCAUUUUGGGCUCAUCUGGACGGAGGUGCAUUCCCAUGAGCCGCCCGCUCUGCAACCACUACGCCGCUCUCCUCUCCACCGCCGCCGGACGCAGCGGGGCGCACGUGGCCGGCGCAGUCCACUGCCUCAUCCUCAGGACGCUGCCGCAGCCGCCGCCCGUACACCUCCUCAACUACCUGCUCACCGCCUACGGCAAGGCCGGCCGCCACGCGCGCGCGCGCCGCCUGUUCGACUCAAUGCCCCACCCCAACCUCUUCACCUACAACGCGCUCCUCACCACGCUCGCCCACGCCAGGCUCCUCGACGACAUGGAGGCGCUCUUCGAGUCCAUGCCGGAGCGCGAUGUCGUCUCACACAACGCGCUCAUCGCCGGCUUCUACGGCGCCGGUUCGCACGCGCGGGCGGCUGGGGCGUACCGCUCGUUGCUCCGGGAGGACACCGGCAUCAGGCCUAGCAGGAUCACGAUGUCGGCCAUGGUCAUGGCGGCAUCGGCCCUGGGCGACCGCGCCCUCGGUGGGCAGUUCCAUUGCCAGAUCCUGCGGCUUGGCUUCGGGGCGUACGCUUUUGUCGGGAGCCCGCUGGUAGAUAUGUAUGCCAAGAUGGGCCUCAUCGGGGAUGCCAAGCGGGUCUUCGAUGAACUGGAGGGCAAGAACGUCGUGAUGUACAACACGAUGAUCACUGGGCUGCUCCGGUGCAAGAUGGUCCAAGAGGCGAGGCGGUUGUUUGAGGUGAUGACGGACAGGGAUUCCAUUACUUGGACCACAUUGGUUACGGGAUUGACACAGAAUGGGUUGGAGUCUGAGGCUCUGGAACUUUUCAGGAGGAUGAGCGUACAGGGCAUCGCCAUUGAUCAGUACACCUUCGGAAGCACCCUUACGGCCUGUGGCGCCCUUUCAGCCUUGGAACAGGGGAAACAGAUCCAUACCUACGCAAUCAGGACUUUUUACGAUGAUAAUGUCUUUGUUGGGAGCGCGCUUGUUGACAUGUACUCAAAAUGCAGAAGCAUUAGACUGGCAGAAACUGUGUUCAGGAGGAUGACGUUCAGAAACAUCAUCUCAUGGACUGCAAUGAUUGUUGGAUACGGACAGAAUGGAUGCAGCGAGGAGGCUGUGAGGGCCUUCUCGGAGAUGCAAAGAGACGGCAUUGAUCCUGAUGACUUCACCCUUGGAAGUGUAAUAAGUUCAUGCGCUAACCUAGCAAGCCUGGAGGAAGGUGCUCAGUUCCACUGCCUAGCUCUUGUUUCAGGGUCAAUGCCGUAUAUCACAGUGUCCAAUGCACUAGUUACCUUGUACGGCAAGUGCGGCAGCAUUGAGGAUGCGCACAGAUUGUUUGAUGAGAUGUUGUUCCACGAUCAGGUAUCCUGGACAGCCCUUGUCUCUGGGUAUGCUCAAUUUGGGAAGGCAAAAGAAACUAUUGAUUUGUUUGAGAAGAUGUUAUCUAAGGGUGUCAAACCUGAUGGGGUAACAUUUAUUGGUGUCCUUUCUGCCUGUAGCCGUGCUGGAUUUGUAGAGAAAGGCCGCAGCUACUUUUAUUCCAUGCAGAAGGACCAUGGUAUUGUGCCCAUAGAUGAUCACUACACCUGUAUGAUUGACUUGUAUAGCAGAUCAGGGAGGUUAAAAGAGGCUGAGGAGUUCAUAAAGCAAAUGCCGAUGCGCCCUGAUGCAAUUGGAUGGGGCACAUUGCUGAGCGCUUGCAGGUUGCGUGGUGACAUGGAAAUCGGCAAAUGGGUUGCUGAGAACCUCUUAGAGAUCGAUCCCCAGAACCCCGCUAGCUACGUUUUGCUGUGCAGCAUGCAUGCUGCUAAAGGCCAAUGGAAUGAGGUUGCCCAGCUAAGGCGUGGGAUGAGGGACAGGCAAGUGAAGAAGGAGCCAGGCUGUAGCUGGAUCAAGUAUAAGAAUAAAGUUCACAUUUUUUUAGCUGAUGACCAGUCUCAUCCCUUCUCCAAGGGGAUUUAUGAAAAGCUUGCGUGGCUCAGCUCCAAGAUGGUUGAAGAAGGAUACAAACCUGAUGUCAGUUCUGUGCUGCAUGAUGUGGCAGAUGCUGACAAGGUUCACAUGCUCAGCCAUCACAGCGAGAAGCUUGCAAUUGCCUUUGGAUUAAUGUUUGUUCCACAGGAAAUGCCAAUUCGUAUCGUCAAGAAUCUACGGGUUUGUGUAGAUUGUCACAAUGCUACCAAGUUGAUAUCUAAGAUAACUGGGCGUGAUAUUCUUGUGAGGGAUGCUGUCAGAUUCCACAAGUUCAGCAAUGGCCUAUGCUCUUGUGGAGACUUCUGGUGAUGGCAGUCUUUCUGGUUCUGACCAUUCAUCCAAGUAUGAAGUUUGACUGGGAAUUGUUAAUGAGCAAAAGGAAAGCAAAUAGCUGAGUGAAGCCUGAAGCAAAACAUCGAUUGCAUACUGUGGUGGCUACCAGCUGGCUUUAUGCUCUUUCGGAAAAAUAUGUCAGUUGACUUUGUGGGAUUUGUUUGAUGGUAUGCACUAAAGUUGAAAUUAGUAACCGACCAUGUUCCUUGGCUGUCCAGGGUUGAAAGAGGUGCGCUAAUGUUACCAUGAUUCUUUUGUGCAGUUCUGGAAGUUCAUUGGUUUUGAUCUUACAUCAGCUUUCCUAAUUGUUGAUGGUUUCCCUGAUGAUUGUGCAGUUCUGGAAGUUCAUUGGUUUUGAUCUUAAAUCAGCUUCCUAUUUUUUUAUGGUUUCCCUGAUAUUUGUGCAUUUCUGGAAGUUCAUGGUUUUGAUCUUAAAUCAGCUUCCUAAUUGUCGAUGGUUAUGCCUUUUGGCAGCCAAAGUGUGAAGCUAUUUCUUGCUAUGUCAUACAGAACAUCUUCUUAGUAGCAUAUCAAAGGUUAGCUGAGGUUACUAAGAUAUUAUGAAAAUGUUAAAGAGCCCUUCCUGUCUCUGUAUGAGGAUGUUUAGCCAAACUGCCAAAGCUGGCAAUCUAUCUCUCAAGGCUGCCUUCGGCAAAUUGAAAACAAGGUGCCUCGACAAAAUCGUUUGCUGAGACUGACAAGCUGCCGGACUAUAGCCUUGACUUGGUAGCAGAAAUGGUGGCCAAUGCAUGAGAAAUCUGCUUAGAUAGAUAGGUUACACAUGGCAUCUUGCUGAUGGCGUAUUGGCGUGUAGUGUUCAGGACAGGAAGUGAUCCAGAAAAUUCGAUCUCGCUAGUUUUAAAAUAUUGUUGCAUGUCGAUGUCUGCGCUGUUACUAGUGUGCACUUUGAAAGAAAAAAAUAACUGUGUCGACCUCUGAACCUGUGUUAGCCUGAGUUUAAUUAAAACAGUCUCACGUGGCUGAGUCAUUACAAAUAUGGAAAGUUUUUUUUUAUUACUUGGGAAGGAAGGAAAAUCUGCAGCAAGGAUAAAAACGACAUCGAUCUGUGAUCUGUAGAGUUGGAGUGCUGUGAUGCAUCGAUUGUGUUAUUUAACCAGCUACUGGUUUAUUAGCAAUUGCUGCUUUGGAAACAUCCAAUGGAUGCGUUUC